AUGGCCACAUACAUCCCUGCAGACGUUCAGACACCCAUCGACAAGCACUGGAUGCGGCUGGCCUUGCAGAUGGCCCAGGAGGCUUACGACGCUUCCGAGAUCCCCGUCGGCUGUGUCUUCGUCGAGCAGACGGAGCCAGCGACGGCGUUGCACACACAGACGCAAGGCUAUGGCCGCAUGAUAGCCAAGUCGCGCAAUCGCACAAACGAGCUGCGUAACGCAACGCUGCACGCUGAGCUAGAAGCGAUAGGACAAAUCCUGCGCACCUCCGACGAUCACAGCCUUCUCCACAGGACGACGCUCUACGUUACCAUCGAGCCGUGUAUUAUGUGCGCUUCUGCUCUCAGGCAGGUCGGUAUCAAUCACGUCGUCUACGGCGCUGGAAACGAGCGUUUCGGUGGCUGUGGCUCUGUCGUGCCGAUCAACGACGAACCCUUGCUUAAAUACCAAAAAGCAUAUACUGCACUCGGUGGCGUGUUCAGAGACGAGGCUAUCAUGCUCCUUAGACGGUUCUACAUGACUGAAAAUUCUAACGCUCCUCAACCUCGCAAGAAACAGACUAGAAUACUUAAAACUGAAAUUCCACCCGUUCCACCGACUAGCAGGAUGCAUACGCCUAAUGGCAGCGUCGUGCCCAGUCCGUCUAACACACCCACUCCGUCACCUGUACCUGUUUCCUUCACACCUACAUUGGAGAAUGUAUGA